AUGUUGUCAUCAAUCACAAUUUCGAAGUUGCUCUUUCUUUUUGAUAGUAAAGUUGUGGGGAAAUCUCAAUAUAGGAGAUACAUAAAAGAAGACGACUCAGAAGUUGGAAUGAAUUCAGAAGAUCUCACGAGUGUUAAGAUGGCAAGAUGUGAUGAACUAGUAUGUCAAAUUUGUCUCCGAAAUUAUAACGAAAAAACGAAAGGAAACUCACCUAAAAUCUUGACAGGAUGUGGACAUACAACUGCAACUUGUCAGAAGAUUUCUGGAGACGUCGGUGACGAGGCCGUUAUUCAACCUGAUUUUCUCGUUACUGUAAGCCCGCAUCCUUUCAACAUUCCCACUGUGAACUGGGAAGAUAUUUUGAAGAAUAUUCCAAUAAUUCCGUCGCUUGUCCUACCGACACUAGAUCCGAAUCUUCUCGCAAAUCUUCCCACAAUUCGUCCGUUAGUCCUGCCAACACUUGAUUCAGUUUUUUGGGUAGCGGUGGUUGUGGAAGUUUGGGCGUUGGUUGCAGCGGUGGUCUUCUUGCGACGGCACAAUUUACGAUGGGAUUGCCACGAGACGACGGACUUGUCCGACUCCGUGGGAAUCCCUGAGGAUAACUCCGAUUUGGGAUGGACGAAGACCCUGAAUAUUGACAUUGUUUUCCGCCAUCGACAUCAUAAGGAAAUGGAGACCGAUUUCUCGGCCUACACAUUUCCUGAGCUUAGCUUAAACUUGAAAGCUAGUAGCUCUGUUGGUGAUCAUAUGGCAGUUAUCGGAAUCGCACCAAGUAACUCCUCAGAUCAAUUGCAAACCUUCUUGGCCAUCUUGACGAUUUGGUCUUGGACCUCCUCGGCGGUCAUCUUUUGCCAUGAUGGAACAGAGCGGCGGUAUGGGAUGGCCGACUUGGCCAUUCCCUUUCCUGGAUUGUGCAUGCGACCCAUGGUUGAUGCUGAUUACCUGAAACACAAUGAAAAUUAG